ACGUCGCCUUCGCACCGCCGUGCAACAGUCGAGUCGAUCGAGCCACCGUUAUAAAACCAGGACCGGAUGAUCUCGGGUAUUCUUCCAGGACACCGCCGUGGAUCCAUCCAUUCACCACUGCCAAAGAGAAGAAACCAGGACACUCUCACACGCGGCCAUGGCAAACCCAUCCGCCCGCGCCGGCGCCGAGGCCUCCUCGAGCUCCUCAAGGCCGCUGUCGUCUUCGUCGGCGGCCCCCAAGGCCAAGCUGACGUGCCUCUGCUCGCCGACGAACCACCCGGGCUCCUUCCGCUGCAGCCGCCACCGUACUCGGCUCAGCCCCCGCGCCUCGCAGGUCGCGGCGGCGCCGGCCGAGGGGGCCAGAGGCGGCGCCAGCGCCGGCGGGAGGCCCAAGGGCCGGUCCGUUCUGCGCGCGCACCUGCUGCGGCUGCUCAGCAGCUCGCCUCCCUCCUCGUCGUCGUCGUGCGGCCGCGGCCAUCGCUGCCGCGACUUCAAGCCCCGCCCGUCGCGGCUUGGCCUCGUCGACGCCUGAGGACGACUCCGGCCGAAGCUUACUUUAGUGGACUCGGUGCGCCUCUAUUACGCGCGCACUCGUCUCGUUCCUGCUCCAUUGAUCAGUCGUUUGCUAGUUAGCUUGGGGAUCAGACACUACAAAAUCCAGACUUCCUUAGCACUGCAUGUGCGACAGUUGAAAUCCAUGUAAAUCUUUCCCCGACAGCAAUGAGAAUGAAAUGGAGCCGUUAAUUCGUGCUUAUUACCUGCCUCAUGCAUCUUUGUGCUCUCCUCUGUUUUUGCUACUGCGCGCCGUAGAACAUGCUACUGUACUCUUUUUUUUCUCAUCUGCUUUGCAACAAUUGCUGAAUUGAGAUUACCUUACUUGUGUCAA